UUAGGGGAAGACGAUUGACAGCUGCAGCAAAGCAAAUUACAGCAGCACACAACACACAUACAUACCAAACGUGGACCACAACACCACACACGCAUACAACACAACUGCACAGCACUCGUCUGUGUGCAUUUUCACCUGAUCUGGCGGCAUGGUGGCCUCCGCCUCGAUCACACUCUUGACCAUGUCCAAGAAGUCGCCCAGGAUAAUGUCCUUGAGCGCUCGUCCUUGCAACGGCUGCUCCAGCGCCGCACUCGCCGUUCUCUCGAACUCAUCAAAUGCAGCGCCGCGCGAUAUCUUGUGUUUCGGGUCGGGAUAACCAGCCAGCAUCUCGAAAUGCUCGCCCAU